AUGCCCUUCCUGUCCCCGUACGCCUGCAGGGAGGACAAUCAUCGUGAAGGAGACACCGCCGCAGACGUGCACGUCGACGAUGCCGAGCCCGGCGCAUUUCUCGACGAGAUGGACCGAACAGCGCUCAGCAUCCGCAUGGAUCGCGAAAUUGCUGGCAAUGUUCUCGGACUUAGCGCUUGAUAUGGUGCUUGGUGGGAGUGGGAGGAAGCAGGUUGCUUGUACAUAGCGUUCAGCAAUAGUCUAUGGGCAGUCUAUUUCGUGAACCGGUGAAACUUUUCUUUGGUCACGUGUGUUAUUGCGGCACGCGCCAUACGCCUGCAAUUCGGUUUGGCCGGACCUUUUUUUCAUUGAGUUGAGUCUCUCCGUAUGCACAAGAAUGUGGGCUUGAGCGGGUAGAUACAAAUUGCGUGAACCUGAAGGCAAGGGGUGCGAUUUUUCGGUAGUGAAGGAAUGUGUUGAUACAAUUUGUUUUGGAACUUCUUUUGUUGCUUUUAUGUUCGUUCAUAGAUGGUGUGGUUCACGAUGCGUCCUGAGUUGGUUGGUGCACGUCGUGACUACGUUUUGCAAUGUCGAACGUGGUCGUCGAAGUUUGGGUUAUGAGCCCCAAUAUUAUUGUGGAUUUUUUUUUAUGGAUUGGGUUUUGGGAUGCAUCCUACUGUAAAUGGCGUGGAUGAGCUUGAGCGUUUUUGUACGUGUAGGAACACUAUAUGCUGCUUCGAGGGGCUCAACAAGAACAUAAAUGACCGAAAUAUUCAAAAGA